CCGGACGCCAAGGCGCAACAGGGUCAGCUGUCCCGCAGAGCACAGCCGUCGUUGCUGCGGACAAUCGCUGGGUCGGAAGACUUCCCCCGACAGGGAUGGCAUCAAAAGCGCCCAGGUGUACCGUAUGGCUGACACUCCGGAGCGACGCCAUAAUGUGCCGCGGUAGCAAAGGGCCGACGACAGCGCCAACAGAACUCCGGUAGGGCUUCUUGGGCCAAGGGUUGUACACAGCGCCGCUCUUGAGCCAUGGUCUUCCUCACCUUCGCCCUCACGCCCUUCGCACUCGCCUUGAUGGCUCUCGCCCCAGCCUACCAGGCCAAGCACAUGGUCUGCACCUGGAAGCCGGGAAUCGGGUCUCCCAAUCAGUACAAAUACGAGAAGGCGAGUAGGCGGCCGCGCGUGCCGCUUUCCUCAUGAUGCUUCGCGUAGCUGACGUUGAUCUCACCCUCGCUUACCGCAGUUCUGCAACGCUCCUGUC